AAGUGUGGGAGGCAGUUUCGCGUCGUCUGCCGCGUACGUGUCCCGCCACAACGAUUUUUCCGACACGGUCAAUUUAUCACACAAAUAUAUAACAUUAAUAUAGGAUCCUCAUGCCAUUCUUAUACUCGACAUAACCAUUACGAAGACAAUGGACAAUAGUUAAAAUUAUUAUAAUAUAUGCGGCGGUAGACGUGCGGUCUUAAAACGUGAAGUGCCUUUGAAUUAUUAAGUGAAUAACAUUUGGAUGUAUUUCUUUUUUUUGUGAACGUGACAAUUUAUAGUCAAAGGGCUUCGGGGUUCACUGAAUUCAAUGGAAACGUUUUGUGCGGACGGCGACGCCGCGUGUUUCCCGCACGCACUCUCCGGGGCGCUUCACUCCCUGAACCUGUACUGCGCCGCCAUAGCUGCCGCGCUCGUCUGCAGUUGCUCUUCAUCGCGACCGCGCUGGAACGGGAUCAGAUGGCGCGGUCAAAACAUCCGAGGAAUAGCGAGCCUUUUAUUGGGAGUGACAUGGUUGUGCGGUGCUGCUAAGGCAGCCCUUCGCCCUGAUGACACCGUGAGACUUGUCUCUGCGCUCAUGCCUCCUCUAUCUUGGCUGGCUUCUGCUGCACUCCAUGUUUCCCUAUGGACUAGACGCUCGUCAUCGCCUUUACUCUACCUGGCAAUAUACUGGUUUCUAUCGGCUGCUUCAUCUGGAACUAUUUUGUACUACAACCUACUGCCCGGAGUUGAACCGAAUGUUAUUGAAAUAUCAGCUCAAGGAGUUGCAACUGUUCUCUGUUUGAUCAUAUCCGGAGUCGACUGUCUCUGUUUUUAUGACGAAGUAACAAAACGGCUACAGUCUCGACAAAAAAGUUCGACUGAAAGUGAUAACAUUUAUUACGCUUAUAACGAAACACACUUUUUCUCGAAAGUAACUUUCUUCUGGUUGAACUGUUUUCUGUACAAAGGAUAUUUUUUACCUGAUGACAAUAAUUUUGGGGGUAUACCUGAAAAUGAGAGAUCCAAUAUAUAUUACGAAAAAUUUAAGAAGAUAUACUAUAAUAAGAAGUUGAAUAAAAGUAAAAAAAUCCGUGCUAGUAUUUGGCAAUGUUACAUCCGCAUGAUGUGGCCAAACUUCUACAAAGGAGGAAUCUUAAAACUGUUUGGUGACUUAGUUUCAAUCGUACCAGCACUGGGAUUGGCUGUAAUUAUAAAAUUUAUACAAGAACCAAAUUCAACUUACGAUACCAAUGCUGUAGUCAGUCUGGAAGAAUUUUUCUCGAAUGGAUAUGUUAUGCUACUAAUCGUUACAUUAGCACUUAUAUUUCAAGCCAUACUGUCGCAAAAUUCAACGCAUUUAGUAACGGUGCAAGGAACUAGACUUAAAAUGGCAUUACAAACCAUGAUUUACGACAAAUGUAUGCGAUUAACAUCUUGGUCAUCCGAUGUAGAUAUAGAUUCAGAUGUGUCGCCCCUACUUCACAGUCCUGAAGAAGAAGCUAAUACACAGUCCGGACUUCUCAUAAAUUUGAUAUCGCAGGAUACCUAUAACGUAAUGUCAUGUGUAUGGAUUUGUCACUACACGUGGGCAAUACCGUUAAAGAUAUCUCUGAUUUUAUAUUUGCUUUACACAAAAUUGGGUAUAAGCGCAGUAAUAGGCACAGCUGCAAGCUUCUUAUUUAUAACUCCCUUACAAUUCUACAUAGGAAAGAAAAUUUCAGACAACUCCAAAGAUACUUCAAAAUGUACUGACCACAGGGUUUCUAAAUUAUCCGAAAUUUUACAAGGAAUGAACGUAAUAAAGUUGUACGUGUGGGAAGACUUGUUUAAUGAAAAGAUAUUACAGCUUAGAGAAGUAGAAUUAAGACUUCUGAAUAAAGACUCUGCUUACUGGAGCGUUCUGACAUUCACAACUCACUUAUCUGCGAUAUUUGUUACUGUUGUAACUUUUAUGACACAUUACUUUCUUGACAACGGCAGCAAUUUGACAGUUGUGAACGUGUUUGCUGGACUGGCACUAUUUAACCAGUUAACGAUACCAAUGUUAAUCUUCCCUGUGACUGUGUUGAUGAUGAUUCAAGCUAUGGUCAGCACUAAGAGAAUAAAAGAUUUCUUAGAGCUUCCAGAAUCUUAUAACGUGCCAGAUGCGGUUAAUGACGAUACAUACUCGAAGAAUGUUAUGGACGACUGUGAUGAAGAUUUUAUUGACACAAAUCUGGAAGAAAAUCCACUAUCUGAAAAAGAUGAACUUGACCUUGAUGAUGAACCAAUGAAUAGUCAAAACAAUACAAACGUAGACCAAGAGCGAGAAUAUUUGAUAAGAUUUAAAAACGCUGCAUUUUCUUGGCGUCUAAAAGAAAAUGGAUGGCUAGAAAUUGAUGAUUUGGAUAUAUCAUCAGGGAAAUUAAUAAUGGUAGUUGGAACAGCUGGUUCCGGGAAAUCGUCUUUUUUUUCUGCAAUUCUUGGAGAAAUGCACCAAGAGCGUGGAGACGUAUGUGUUAAUAGGAAUUGUUCGAUUUGGUACGCUGGUCAACCACCCUGGCUAUUAGAGGGUACAAUAAAAGAAAACAUUCUAAUGGACAACGCGUGGUGCGCCAGUCGAUAUACCCGAGUUCUACGUGCAACAGCAUUGCGGCCAGAUCUGCAGCUUCUACCAGAUGGCGAUGAUACCCAACUAGGAAGCUAUGGGACACCACUAUCUGGUGGCCAGAGGGUGCGGGUGUGCGUAGCUCGAGCAUUAUAUUCAAAGGCAAAGUUACUAGUGCUAGAUGAACCAUUCGGUGCGCUAGAUGCGGUUCUUGCUCGACACUUGGUCGCCAGGGCACUGUUGCCCGCCGCUCGAAGUGGUCGCACUGUUUUGGUAGCAACUAAUAGAUUAGAGCUGCUACACUACGCCGAUACGGUUAUCGUAAUGGAAGACGGUCGUAUCAGUGGGGUGGGGCGUAUGAACGGCACGAGUGACAGCGUGCUGAGCCAGUGGAAGCAGUUGGCUGAAGAAGCGCGGGUGGCCGCAGCACGGGGAGGUGCGGGCCCCCCGGGAGGUGCAGGACGCGAACGGUCGCAACUCCUGCGAGCAGUGAGCCGCGUGCAGUUCCAGAGGAAUAUGUCUGAUGAUGCAUUGCAACUCGACAUCAGUGAAGUGACCGGAGCUCACCUGCUUGCUGAGGUGCCGACGUGUGUGGGUGGGACCUGGCGCCGAACACCGUGUCGGGUGCGCACUCCACUAGAGAGACAAUUUUCUUCACCACCACCUAAUUUGCCCCAUUUCAAGUGGCGUCACGAAAUAAGGCGCGCUGUGAGCGCUGUCGAGCCUAACACGCAACAUCGCGAGGAAAGCCCGCUGAGGAAUGGAAAUAGUCGUCUUCGGCUCUAUUACCGAACUUUAUCUAGGUGGACACCAAGAAGUCUGCGGCGCUUCUUAAGUACUGACUCUGAUUCAUCUGGUCAAAGUAAUGGUAAAGUAGUGGAAGUUUCGCCCGACGCGACAUUCACCUCAAUAACUUCAAACGGAGUCGAGACGGUCGCUGUGCCCAUUUCUGACAUCCCGACCGCGUCGAAAGAAGAAGAACCUGUUCUAAACGAGAGCAAAAUAUGGUGGCAAUACGCUCGCGCCUGCGGUUGGUGGAGCGUGGUGUUCUGGUUGGCAGCGACGGCAACGCAAGGGAUAUCACUGGCAGCAGACUAUUGGCUUUCGCUGCUGGCUGAAGAGAACUCGCGAACUACACUUUCUGAUGAAAAGAUGUGGGAUAUGAUACUAGUGUACGCGCUGUGGUGCCUUGGCGGUGCUUGCUUGGCGGCGUGUGCGCAGGCUGCGAGCGCGUGCGCGGGCGCGUCCUCACGGCGCGCGCUGCACGAGCGCUUGCUGCAUGCAACGCUGCACGCGCCGCUGCACCACCACCUUGCGCGACCAGCUGGCGACACGCUGCAUCGGUUUUCCUCCGACACGCUCGUCGUCGACAAGAAAUUACCAAUGGCGAUGAGCAGGUGGGCCCAGCUGAACCUACUUUGCGGAGCGACGAUACUUGUGAACGCAAUCGCAUCACCGUGGACGCUGCUCGCGAUUGUGCCUGCCGUGAUAGUCUUCAUUGUUCUUCAAUCUGUCUACUUGCAGAAUGCAAGGGAGCUUCAACACGUCGAGGCUGAAAGUGCUGCGCGGGCAGUAGGCCUGGCAGCGCAAACCUUGGCGGGCGCAGGCACGGUGCGAGCGGGUCGGCUACAGUCGCGCAUGCGCGCUGUUUUCUUUCGUCGUCUUGAUCGAAAUCACAAUGCGCUUCUACUAGUCAACUCCUGUAAUCGAUGGUUGGGAUUAACAUUGGACUUGGUAGGAGCUGCGAGCGUGUUCGUGUCUCUGGCAGUGGCUUUAUAUGGUGGCAGCAGCGGCGCAGUGGCAGGGCUGGCAGGCACCUACUCGCUGCUGCUGCCGGUAUACCUGGCGCACCUGGCCAAGUGCCGCGCCGACCUCGACCUGCAGCUGGCUGCCGUGCAGCGCUUACUCACCGAUACCAACAUACCGCAAGAGGAUUAUAGAGACGACUGUCCCAUUCCUGCAGAAUGGCAGCGAAACGGAAAAAUAGAGUUUCAAGAUGUAAGCAUAAAACAUCGACCAGGAUUGGCGCCAGUUCUCAAGAAUAUCACAUUUACUGUAAAACCUGGUCAAAAGGUCGCCAUUUGUGGUAGAAGCGGCAGUGGUAAAUCGACUUUAGUGUUAUCUUGCGUCGGCGCAACGACCAUCAACAGCGGUCACUUGCUGAUCGAUGAUCAGGACGUUAUGCGAGUGCCGUUACGUGCACUCAGGCACAGGGUGGUCGUGCUACCGCAGGAGGCCGUCAUGUUCUCGGGCACUCUGCGUGAGAAUCUGGAUCCUCUUGCUAUGCACACGGAUGAAGAAAUAUGGCAAAGUUUAAGAGCUGUUGGAUUGUACGACUAUGUGACUGCUCAGUCAGCUGGCUUAGAGUGCGGAAUGGGCGGCUGGCGCGGGUGCUGGAGCGGCAGCCGCGGGUCACGUGUGUGCGCGGCGCGAGCAGCGCUGCACGCACGCACGGCCGCCGCAUUGCUAUUGGACGAACCGGGCGCCGCUCUCGACGCGUCAGCGGAGCGCGCGCUUUUGCAUGCCAUAGCCACAAUCGCACCCAAAACUACCAUUAUCACUGUGGCGCAUCGCUUGUCAUCGGUCCGUGACUACGACAGUGUGGUGGUGCUGGAAGACGGGCGUAUUGCGGAGCGCGGCCGCGCAGAUGCAUUGCUUGCCGCGCCAGCAUCUCUCCUCUCACGCCUUCUGGCUGCUGCCUCGCAACAUCGCACUUGACCUGUCUCUAUCAGUGUCUAAUAAACACUCCUAAAACCAAAGAGGAUACGAACACUUUAUAUCCACCUUGGUUUCAUAAACUCUUGACAUUUGAGAUUGAGCUGCUCGGUGCGUAGGGAUAUGUACAGAUGGAAACAUCAUACUUGGCCGGGCUAAAGUUGCAUCAAGACGUUCGUGCAUGUACCUACCGUCUCCCUGAUAACCAUAAUCCUAUAUCUCCGUAGUCCCGUGUGACUGUGAUUUCCGCCUGGCCAACUUUGAUUACGCGAACCUUAUUGUAGCUAAGAAUUACCGGUAGACCGCUCCAAUAAGCUGAACUCUUUACCACUCCAGUGUAACUACUCGUACAUGUUCAAGUAAACAAACGUGAUCUCGAGUUUGGUGUAAUUCUCAUUUUUAUACUAUGGACUAAACUUCAACUUGGACCAUGAUUUAUUCAUCGUCUUAAAAUUUAAAGUAUUUAUAGUUCUUAUUAAGGAUAAAAUUAACAAAUUAAUUCUUCGUAAUUUAAUUACAUACAUAUUUAUAUAUCAUUUUCGUUACAAUUCAAUGUUUUUAAUUGUGUAGGUUCAUUUUUAAGUCUGCUCAAAAAGUCGUAUCAUAUAAUUGCGAAUUUUUAGGUCUUUAUUCUAUUCCAUCUAAGAGCAUUAAAAAUGAACGAUCCAUGUUCAAGCUCACAACCACAUUACUGAUUCUAAAACACGCUGGAUACAGACAGACAGAAAUCCCUACGAAAUAAAUAGAUCUCGGCACAGACGUAGAAGGGAAUAAGUCCAGUAGCAAGGCAAGCAUAGACAGGAGACUCAGAUUUAUCCCCGGUUAUAUCCCCUGACAAGGGAUAAAGUAAACGUGUCCACCUUACAAAUCACGGCAACAGGGAAUAGGAGAAGUUUACCCCCGUUUAUUAUUACACGUAUAUAAUUUGGAUAUUAUUUAAAGUUGUACGCUCGGAGAUUUGAUAAAGCUGUGGGAGAAGAUAAAUUUUUACCUCUUACCCUAGGGCGAAAAAUGUCUAUGCUAGCUCCAUGCUAGCCGUGCUGUGCUGCUGACAUCCAUUGGUUGACUCCAUUAUGGAGGGUAGAGGUAAGGAGAGUCAUCUGUGUAUAUGAAAAAGUGUCGUCAAAAUGUAUUAAAUUAGGAUGGCGCCACAUUUGCAUCAGGGUAACUCUUAAAAGA